AUGAGGUUAAAUAUCCAAGAAUAUAAGGAGCUCACGGAACCUUACUCCUGCUCUCAGGGUGGGACAGCCCGGUCAACAGAAGGAGCUGCAAGUGGGGGUAAGCUUGGACGGGACAUCCUCCAACUUCCGGUCUCGAGUACCGUUGGUGGAGGCCUGUACGGAAAGACGCAGCCGCAAUCAACAGAAAGAGUUCUAGGACUGACCAAGUGUCAAGGUUGUGGACCCCUUUCAUCUUCCCUCCUGCCAAAUUCACACCUGCUACCACUUACUAGAGUGACCAUGUCUCAGCAUCAGGAGAUUCCACAUGAUUCACAGGAACAACAUGCCCAUAGUAACACCCAGGACCUGUAUGCUACAUGGGUUUCUGAAGAAACGGAGGAGAGCUCAUCCUCCUCUUCCUGUACUCUAGUGCCUGAUAACCUGGAGGAGCCUCUGGCUGCUGGCACACCCAAUAGCCCACUAAGUCCUCAGAGUGCCUGUUCAACUUCCACUGUCUUCAGUUUCAUCUCAUCAAGUAAAUCAAAUGAGAGCUCUGGCAGUCAAGAAAAGGAGGAUAGUUCAGGUUCUUCAAAGUCCCUGUCGGAAACUGAGAGCUUGCCUGAAGACCCUUUAGAUGAGAAGGUGACUUUGCUGGUGCAGUUCCUGCUGCACAAGUAUCAAAUGUUUGAGCUGAUCACAAAGGCAGACAUGAUUGAUGUUGUUAUCAAAGAGUAUAGGGAUGACUUUCCUGAGAUCUUCAGGAGAGCCUAUGAGUACAUGGAGCUGGUCUUUGGCGUUGAUGUGAAGGAAGUAGACCCAACCAGCCACAGCUAUGCCCUUAUUAACAAGUUAGGCCUCACCUAUGAUCCAAGGCUGAGUAGUGAUGAGGGGGUGCCCAAGACCAGCCUCCUGAUAAUGGUCCUGGGUGUGAUCUUCAUGAAGGGCAAUAGUGCCACUGAAGAGGAUCUCUGGGAAGUGCUAAAUACAAUGAAUUUACAUCCUGGGACAAAUCACUUCGUUUUUGGGGAACCCAGGAAACUCAUCACCCAAGAUUUGGUGAAGGAAAAAUACCUACAGUACUACCAGGUGCCCAACAGUGAUCCUCCAUGCUAUGAGUUCCUGUGGGGUCCAAGAGCCCAUGCUGAAGUCAGCAAGAUGAAAUUGCUGGAGUUUUUGGCCAAGGUCAAUGGAUCUGAUCCCAUUGACUUCCCAUCCCAGUAUGAGGAAGCUUUGAGAGAUGAAGAAGAGAGAGCCCAAGCUUGA